UGAACGGAUGCAUACACGAGUAUUAAUAUAAAACCAUGUUACGUCCUGCAAUUUGUUAAAAUACCGGUAACGCGAAGACUACUGAAUUUCAAGGAAAAAUGGGUAACUUGCUAGAAUACUUGACCAAAUUUUGUGGCUGGCCAAAGUGCGCGGCAGUGAUUCUUCUUUCGGUACUAAUUGUUAUUCCAGCCACAUUCUCGACUCCUAUCCAAACUGUUGAUGGGAUUGCAAGCCCACUCCUUAAUAAGACGAGGAGGCCAAGCUGGAUCAGGGACUUAGGAGAAAACGAAACCCUGCCAGGAACACUGAGUCUAUGCCCCAAUGUGUCGGACGCGAAAAGAUUCAAUGAAACGCAAGGCAUACGACGUUACCUUGACCUUCGUGGCUUACGUGGGAUGAACAGCACAAGCUUCAAUGUACGGCCUGACUUUCUCAUGCAGCUUUUUCGAACAUUCCUGGAACUGAAGGAAUCUAUGAGUCAGCACCUGGUCACGCUGCUGAUUAAUAACCGAACAGUAACCGAGCUGCAAAAUGCUCUUACCUACGCUUGGCUACCUAGUCUUGAAAACGCCAACUGGUCAGCGACGCGUGCUGAAAUCCUGGAAAUUGAUAAUGGAACCACAUAUUUUUCGUCAAACGGGUCUCCGUUGAUGCAGAUUCGCUAUACGCUACCGGUGUCAACUAUCUACUCGCCGGCGAAUUUCUCCAAGGGUCUUCCGCGGUAUCCCUGGUUAUACGAUCGCAACUCCACAAACCACGAGUUGACCCAAAUUGUUCCACCAUCUGUCAGCGAUUUUAUCCAGCGUUUGCAGAAUAAGAGUUUGCCAGUAUACGAUGGUCCCGUUUUUUACACGACCUCCGUCCUGGAACAUGUCUAUCUAGCGAAAAACUCAACAUACGGCUUUUUCGACACGGACCAGUUGAAGGCCGAUAUGAUGGAGGUUGCCCAACAACAACGGUCAUCCAACUUCCGAAGGGAGGAUACACUUAUAAAAUGGCGGCCGAAAUCGGAAAAAAUUUUGGAUGCAGUGCAGCAAGCUUUUGCCAUCGCAAAUCCUGUAAUAAUGGAUAAUAUCACGCUGACCAUAACCCUGAUUGAACGUGAUGACAAUUUCCAGACAACCACAGAGCGGGACGCUUCCAGGUUUAGUUUUGCCCUGUCGUAUCCAGAGAUGAAGAGCGGAGUGUACUGGAAACUGUGGCGCUAUCCAUCAUAUGAUGAGCUAAACGCAGCUUUGCAAAGUGUUGCAGACUCUAAAGUUGCCCACACGUGGACAGUCGCGGUGCCUGCAUCCGAUGAUCUGCUUUAGCCCGUCAAUCCUAGCUACUUGUUCCGUGAGAAUUUCGCCUUGGCGAUAAAAUAUUAUAUCAUCAAUGAAAAAAUACUUUUCUCAGAAGUCUGGUGACCUCUGGUUAGCCAGCAUAGAAUGCUUUGUUUAAGAGGGUCAUAGAAUGUUGUGGGCCUAGGUUAUGUUAUUAAAAAUCUUUAUACUUAUGUAACUAACUCGGAAGUCUACUCGCAUGCCACCUUAAAAUCAUUUUACAGGAUUUUCAGUAAA